GAUUUGGGCAUCCUGCUUAAAAUCUCCCUACCUCAUUCUAAUGUACAACCAAGAUUGAGAACUACUGAUUUCUUCAUUCAGCAAAAAAGGGGAACCCUUCUUUGUGCCAUAUUUGAAACAAAUCUGUUUUCAUGAAGAGUGACUGCAUACAAACUACAUCAUGUCAAGAAAGAAAAAAAGAUCCUAUAGAAAUGUUUCAUUCUGGGCAGCUGGUAAAAGUCUGUGCCCCAAUGGUGCGAUAUUCAAAGUUGUCUUUUAGAACACUAGUCAGAAAAUACAAUUGUGAUCUGUGCUAUACACCAAUGAUAGUUGCUGCUGAUUUUGUCAGAUCUGCAAAAGCCAGAGACAGUGAAUUUACCACAAAUCAAGGUGAUUGCCCAUUGAUUGUUCAGUUUGCUGCUAAUGAUGCAAGACUUUUAUCUGAUGCUGCUCGUAUAGUCUGUCCUUAUGCGAAUGGAAUAGACAUUAACUGUGGUUGCCCUCAGAGGUGGGCAUUGGCAGAAGGUUAUGGAGCUUGCUUAAUAAACAAGCCAGAGCUUGUUCGAGACAUGGUGAAACAAGUAAGAAAUCAAGUGGAAAACCCCAGAUUUUCAGUAUCUAUUAAAAUAAGGAUCCAUGAUGACCUUACAAGAACUGUAGAUCUCUGUCGAAAGGCUGAAGCAACAGGAGUUUCCUGGAUUACAGUCCAUGGAAGAACUGUUGAGGAAAGACAUCAGCCAGUUCACUAUGAGGCCAUUAAAAUAAUUAAGGAAAGUAUGUCUAUACCUAUAGUUGCGAACGGAGACAUCAGAAGCUUAAAAGAAGCAGAAAAUGUGUGGCAUAUUACUGGGACAGAUGGUAAGAAAUAAGUGUGAAGAAAAACAAUGACACUCCAAUGGGCGGCAGUUGCAACUUUUCUUUACGCUGAAAUAGGACUCAUUUUAAUCUUCUGUCUACCUUUUAUUCCUCCUCAGAGAUGGCAGAAGAUAUUUUCCUUUAGCGUUUGGGGUAAAAUUGCAAGUUUCUGGAACAAGGCUUUUCUUACUAUUAUAAUCCUAUUGAUUGUUCUGUUUCUAGAUGCUGUGAGAGAAGUAAGAAAAUAUUCCUCAACUCAUACUAUUGAGAAGAGCUCAGCCAGCAGACCUGCUGCCUAUGAACAUACACAAAUGAAACUCUUCAGGUCUCAAAGAAAUCUUUACAUUUCUGGAUUUUCAUUAUUUUUCUGGCUAGUGUUGAGACGUCUGGUUACCCUUAUCACUCAGCUGGCAAAAGAGCUGUCAAACAAAGGAGUACUUAAACGUCAAGCAGAAAAUAUUAACCAGGCUGCCAAAAAAUUCAUGGAAGAAAAUGAAAGACUGAAACGGCUCUUGAAAAACUAUGGCAAGGAAGAAGAACACGUUUUGGAAGCAGAAAAUAAAAAACUAGAAGAAGACAAAGAAAAACUGAAAACUGAAUUAAAGAAGGCUUCAGAUGCCCUUUCUAAGGCACAAAAUGACGUGAUGAUAAUGAAGAUGCAAUCAGAGAGACUUUCAAAAGAGUAUGACCGGCUCCUGAGAGAACACUCAGGACUUCAGGAUCGUGCAGGGAAAGACAAGAAAUGCCUGUGAACUUUAUGAAAGAAGAUUGUGAAUAUACCAUGUCAAGAAGAAAAAUUUGUUAUCAUGUUAGCCUCUAGAAAACUUAAAAUUCAGUUCAUAAAAACCUACUAUGACAGCCAUUAUUUUUUAAAUGCCAUACACAUGGACUUAUCAUAAUGGCAUUAUCACAGUAUUGAUGAUGUUUCAGAUAUAUUGUAAAGCCUGUAUUCCAGCUCUUAAAUAAAAUAUAAGCAUGUUAAACACUUUAUUUAGAUGCUGAUAGUAACACUGGUGUGUGGUGGCUGAAAGAGUGAAACAUGAAAACAGUGACCAUAAGUGCUGCUUUUUAAGCCUGAUGGUACUAGUUAACUCUCUUAAGACAGCUGUAUUGAUAAUUAUAUUUUCAGUAUUGUGAUUCUGCACCUGUUAAACUAUUUUUGUUGACAUUUAUGUUAAUAACACAUAAUUAGUAGGCAUUCUGCUUUUUUAAUGUUCAUCUGGGAAUGGAGUUUACAUCUAUUUGUAUAACUGCCAUAGCACUGAACUGAAAUAAUUUUACAACAAUGUGGAGUUCUUGAGAUAGAAAGUUUAUGUAUAAUGUAUCCAAAAAGUAAUGUUUCCCAUUGCUGUGAGAGUUGCUAAUUAUACAGAUAUUACCUCAUAUAUACACACACUGGUGUCACAAUUUCUCUGAGAUGUUUCUAUAUUCUGAAAGCUACAUAUUAAAUACUAUUUUCCAUUCAUAUAUUCAUUUAGUUUCCUUUAGGAGAGGAUGAUUGUUAUGUUAAUGUGAUUUAGGUUGCUCCAGUGUUUAGACUUGAAAGCUAUCUUCCUUGUUUCUUAAAGACCUAGAUAUAAAAGAAAAUGGAAAAUAAUUACUGGAGUCUUACUUCCCUGAUGUUUGUUUUAUCCUUUAUUAUGAUCAUUUUAGCACCAACUUCAUGCAUAAUUAAUUUUUUUCAUUGUAACGUGGCAAGUACAUGAGAAAUGAGCAAGUACAUAAGAAAAAUUUUAUUUCAGAUAAAAGGAGUCACUGCUAGAAAACAGACAUGUAGGAGACAUUUAACAGAGUAAGAAAUGGGAGUUAGGCCAUAUGGGCUGACAGAACCAUAAAUAACAAGGCAAGGGAAUGCUGACAAGAGGAGAGAACUGAACAAGUAGCAACUUAAAAAUACCAAAGUGCCAGCCUACCAGAGUGAGAUACAGAUUCUGAGUAUUUAUGAUCCUGGCCUGGUCAGCAAAUCAAGUCUAAUGACAGAAUAGCAUACAGAAAAACAGA